AGAGGAAAAAGGAACAGAGAAAGAAGGAAAUUGGUUUGUUCACCACAGAAAACAGUGACCAUAAAAAGAGUAUUGUAAAGUAAAAAGCAUCUCACAACUCCCACAAAGCUUCCACCUUUUUAUCUUUUUCUUGCAGGGUACAACACAUUCAGCACAAGGUACAACUCUCAAGCUGUCAAGACCCCAUCUUUGUCAGUCCAUUGCUUCCCCCUAAACAGUCAGAAAAAAAAAUAAUAAAGUCCCUUCUAUUCAAAAAGCUAAUCAUCAUAAUCAGCUGGUACACCCCAACAAGAGUCUUGUCAAACACCAGACCCACAAAAGGGUGAUGAUUGAGCUGGAAAACUAAGCAAAAGAGGGCAGGCAUAAGCAGCUGCUACACCAUGGAUAUGGGUGGUGGUGGUUCUAGUUCUUCUUCCGAGUCACAGCUGCUGAAAAUCGGUUUGAAAUUUGGGAAAAAAAUCUACUUUGAGGAUGUGGGUGUUGGAGAUGAGGUGAAAUCGGAAGGUGGGUUGUCUCCAGUGAGGGCUGGUGGUGGGCCCCAGAAGAAGGGGAGGACUGUGGCUCAAGGUGGUUCGGGUCAGGGGGGUUAUGGGCCACAGCCACCAAGGUGCCAGGUGGAAGGGUGUAACCUGGAUCUGAGUGAUGCUAAGACAUACUAUUCAAGGCAUAAGGUGUGUGGUGCUCAUUCGAAAACAGCUAAGGUUAUUGUUAAUGGGCUUGAGCAGAGGUUUUGCCAACAGUGUAGCAGGUUCCAUCAACUACCCGAGUUUGAUCAGGGGAAAAGAAGCUGUCGCAGACGGUUGGCUGGGCACAAUGAACGUAGAAGGAAGCCAACAUCUGGAACUCUGCUAUCUGCUCGCUAUGGAAGUCUCCCCUCCUCUAUUUUUGAAAACAAUGGUAAUUCUGGAGGCUUUGUGAUGGACUUUUCAUCAUGCUCAAGAGGGAGGGUUCACUGGCCUAACACAAGAGGACCGCCUACUGCCACCACGAAACUGCCGCCACUUCCAUGGCAGAGCAACUUGGACAACCCGCCACCUUACAUCAAUCCAAACGUGCCACCUGGACCCGGAGGAUGUUUUAACGGAGUUCAAGAUUCCAAUUGUGCUCUCUCUCUUCUGUCAAAUCACUCAUCAGCUUCAAGAAACCAGGCCUUGACCCAUGAGUACUACGUCAAUCCUCAUCCUGAUGCUGGUACAGGUGCACACAUGGUUCAACCACCAACUGGGACCAUGGUUCAGGGUCAGGGUCACUUCUCAACGGGUUGGGCUUACGACACUGAUGAAGCCCAUUUGGGUUUGGGUCAAAUCUCACAGUCUAGCGGCUACUCUGGUGAGCUCGGACUCGGUCAACAGGGUGGGAGGCGAUAUGACUCAUCUGUUGACCAUAUUGACUGGUCACUUUAAGUGCGUAUCCGACGAAACCUUUUAACUUUUUGUUAUGCUGUGUGAAGGAGGAACUGGUUAACAGGGCCUUGGUCUUGUUCUAAAUAAGAAGGAACUUUGACUUGAUUUGAACUUUUAGCUUGUUUUCUUUAAAAUUUGAUUACUGCUGCCAAACUUUCUGUUUAUUCAACUUUUGUUUGAAUUCGAUCGUAUGAUGAGAUGGAUUCAGUUCG